AACCUUUCUUUACUUGAAUGAAAAUCAAAUGCACCGUUCCCGUUCCUGUUAUUAAUUUAUUCGAGCCUUGUUUUGCCCCGCUGAGUUUGAGUGAAAGACGGGACGAAAAAAUCACCACUCUUACAAUCCCUAGUGAAAUAUGCCAGGAGAACAUGAAGACAGUACUAAUAACAAAACCCAAAUCAAUCCCUUUAAAGCUAUUAUAUUGCCAACAAGCCCGCCAUGCAAAACAGGGACAACUGAUGACUUCCGAAAUGUUAUGCUAGUCGGGGCUGCGCUGAUCGCGACCGUGACCUUCCAAGCUGGAAUCACCCCACCUGGUGGAGUUUGGCAAAGCAAUGAUAAUCAGGGACAUAGAGCUGGACAUGCUGUUUAUUCUGCUCAGAAAGUUCCUUUCCAAAUCUUCCUGUUAUUCAACACCAUUGCACUAACGUCCUCCAUUUUUCUCUUAUUAUGUCUAACCUUCGGUUACCCUUAUUUCUUGGAAGUCUUGAUUGCUACAAUUUCUAUGAUGGGCACUUACAGUUCUGGGAUAUAUUGUAUUACACCUUACGAGUCAGUGUCGUUUCGCCUCAUCUUCGUCGCUGCUCCUGCGCCUCUUGUGAUGCGGUUUGUCAUAUGGGUGGUAGCCUCCGCAGUUCGCCAUCUAGGAUUACGAAUACCCAAGUAAUGGUUCAAAAUACUGCUCCUGCGCAGUAUUGGAGCUGGUUCAAUUUUAAGAUCCGCGUUCAUCAUGCAGAAUUUUAUGUUUUAUUUUAUUUUAUUUUGCUGAGAGCAGAAAUGUUCUGAUAUUGCUGUACGUAAGCAUUGGUUAUUACAGCGUAAAAAAAUAAAGUUCAACCCUGCAACCUCCCUA